UUAAUUCGGCCGCCCUGGUUUGUCGUCUCUCUCGUCUCCGUUCACUCCUCCCUUCGUCCUCUCCCCCUCCGCUCCGGCGUCGUUCCUCUGCGUUUUUGCCUCCCUCCUUCUCCCUCUUCCUCUCUCUCCUGUCUUCUCUCUUCUCUCUGCGGAGUUCUGUACUUUAAGCUCUAGUCUCUCUCUCUCUCGCUCUCUCUUUCUCUCUCCAUCCUUCUCUCUCUCUCUCGCGGACACAUACAUACACGCGUAUCUGAGUAGGAUCUUCGAUUUCACACUCUACUGCGUCUGCGCCAUCUCUGUUUUCCCUCCUCACAUCAGAAGAAGAAGAAGAACUGUCCCCCGUCCUUUCCCCUGUUCAGAGCACCCCCCUCCUCCUCCCUUCCUCUUCUUCGACGAGGAAUCUCCGGCGCAAGUUAGCAGCCCCCCUCCCCCUCCCCGCCCGCGGCGGCGCAGAGAACGCGCGCGCGAGAGAGAGAGAGAGAGUGCGCAGGCUAGGCCAGCUUGUCCGAAACUCUCGGGCCGUUGCUAUGAUCAUCAGAAAGGCCGCCUCGGCGAAGGUCGCGUUUUGGGUCUAGGCUGCUCCUCCUCCUUCGUUCCGCGGUUCGUCUCCUCCUUCGCCUCUCCCGGGUCUCGGAUCUCUCGCCGCCUCAUGGCUGGCGAUAACGAAGUCAACGCCAAUGAAUCUAAGAGAGUUGUUCCCUUAAACACAUGGGUCCUCAUCUCCAACUUCAGGCUCGCGUACAAUCUCCUCCGCCGGCCCGACGGGACCUUCAAUAGAGACUUGGCUGAGUUCCUUGACCGGAAAGUGCCUGCCAACACCAUUCCGGUCGACGGAGUCUUGUCGUUUGAUCACGUCGUCGAUCGCCCCACUGGCCUUCUGAACCGGGUGUACUUGCCGGUGCCCCAUGAUGCAUCUCAAUGGGGAUUUGAAGAGCUCGAGAAGCCUCUUAGCACCACCGAGGCUGUCCCUGUCAUUUUAUUCUUCCACGGCGGGAGCUUCAGCCACUCCUCUGCCAACAGUGCAAUUUAUGACACCUUCUGCCGCCGCCUCGUCGGCCUUUGCAAGGGGGCGGUCGUGUCGGUGAAUUACCGCCGCUCGCCCGAACACAGAUACCCCUGUGCCAACGAUGAUGGUUGGGCAGCCCUGAAGUGGGUGAAGUCGAGACCUUGGCUAAUGAGUGGGAAAGACUCUAAAGUCCAUGUCUAUUUAGCUGGGGAUAGCUCGGGCGGUAACAUCGCUCAUCACGUGGCGGUCAGGGCUGCCGAGGCCGAGGUGGAAAUACUAGGUAAUAUCCUUCUUCAUCCUUUGUUUGGCGGGCAAGAAAGAACCGAAUCCGAGAAGAGAUUAGAUGGGAAAUACUUCGUUAAAAUAGAGGAACGCGAUUGGUACUGGCGGGCUUAUCUUCCGGAAGGGGAAGACCGAGAUCACCCUGCCUGCAAUCCCUUCGGUCCCCGUGGCAGAAGCCUUGAGGGGCUUAAGUUUCCGAAGAGCCUCAUCGUUGUGGCGGGUCUGGAUAUUCUCCAGGACUGGCAAAUAGCUUAUGUGGAAGGGUUAAAAAGGAACGGUCAAGAAGUGAAGUUGCUAUAUCUGAAGCAGGCCACGAUCGGCUUUUACUUCCUCCCGAACAACGAGCAUUUCUACUGCCUGAUGGAGGAGAUCAAAAACUUUGUCAAGCCUAACUGUUAAAUAUAAGACCCACUUAACCUUACUUACAGGCAGAAGCAGUCCAUACAUAACAGAAGCUUUGACUGUUUUCAGGUUUUGUAUUUGGUUUUCCAUCUAUUGCAGUGGUGGGUUGUGUAGUAUUUUUCUUUGGGUUUUCUCCCCUCUUUGCUGUUCUAGCAUUUGUGGUGGUAGAAUGAGAGUUCUAUCGAUCAGUCGGGUCUCUGGAGAUAGUGGCCUUCGUUGUGGCGGAUCGGACUCUGCUAUACCAAUUGGAGAGAUCGUCUUAUAUCUAAUAUAACCUCUUACUGUUGUUCAGCUUCCAGCUGAGGAUUAAUGGGGUGGCAGGACCGGUGGCAUCGACGUGGGGUGGUCGAUCGAUCUGGUCUUAGCAGGUGAUCAUUCUUAGGAGCACUAAUUUCUGGACUUUGAUUAUACGCUCGUGGUAUGGACUAUGUAUGUGAUACUUGUGGCCUAGAUAAAUACAAGAAAAGGCUUUUGCCUGUAUAUUUUCCUUCUCGAA